GGCCUUCUCCGGCGGGACAGCGGGGAACGCGCCUCGGGAGCCCCGCAGGCGGGCGAGCCGCAGCGGCGUCCGGCCGGCGUGGGAGGUGCGGCUGGCAGCAGGCAGCCCGGCUCCAGGCUCCUCCUCCUGCUGAUCUAGCCUUUACCCCCCAACCCCCAUCCUCCACCCCUCCUAGGCUCCGCGCUGCAAAUCCUAGGCUUCUCCCAGCAGCCUGGGAGCGGCGGCGUGCGCAGCGAAGGCGUCAGGAAGAGCGCAGCCGGCCGGCACGCGGAUCCCACGGGUAGCAGCGGCGGCGGCGCUACAUUAGCCCGGGAGGUGCCGCGAAGCCCGGCGUGCUCCAGCCGGGCUGGGAGAGAAGCGAGGGCUGCAGCUGGGCAAGAGGGAGGAAAGUGAGCGUGUGUGGCUGCGUGUGUGUGAGUGUGGGGGGCGACAGAGAGAGCAGGGGAACCGAGGUGCGGCUCCCGAGGGUCUCCCGCGGCGGCGUCGCUCCUCAGUGUCCCUCACCAUGGACUUGAGUGGAGUUGGGGUGCGCCUCGGCCGCAGCGCGCGGGUGGCUGCCCGGCCCUGGGGGUGCGCGGGCGCGCGCGCGGGGAUGGCGAGGUAGGAUGGCGGUCCAGCGCGACCCCAGCCGCCCCAGCCCAGCGGCCCCCGGGCGGUGCAGCUGACUCUCCGGAGCCCACAAGGGUGUGGGCGGAGGCGGCCCCGCCGCACCCGCGUCUUCGGGAGUCGCUUCGCUUCUUCCACCCACUCGCACCUGCCACCGCGCGGAUACCAUGUCGAAGGCGGCUGGAGGCUCGGCGGCGGCGGCGGCGGCGGCGGCGGCGGAAAGUUGUCCCCCAACCUCUGCGGGCCAGCCUGCGGCCGCCGCCGUGGAGGACCUGUCCAAAGUGUCGGACGAGGAGCUGCUGCAGUGGAGCAAGGAGGAGCUGAUCCGCUGCCUGCGGCGCGCGGAGGCCGAGAAGGUGAGCGCGAUGUUGGACCACAGCAACCUCAUCCGCGAGGUGAACCGCCGCCUGCAGCUGCACCUCGGCGAGAUCCGCGGGCUCAAGGAUAUUAACCAGAAACUCCAGGAGGACAACCAAGAACUGAGGGAUCUCUGUUGUUUCCUGGAUGAUGACCGGCAGAAGGGCAAGAGGGUGUCCCGGGAGUGGCAGAGACUCGGCCGCUACACGGCUGGGGUGAUGCACAAGGAAGUGGCCUUAUACCUGCAGAAGCUGAAGGAGCUGGAGGUGAAGCAGGAGGAGGUGGUGAAGGAGAACAUGGAGCUCAAGGAGCUCUGCGUGCUGCUGGACGAGGAGAAGGGCCCGGGCUGCGCGGGCAGCCGCUGCUCCAUCGACAGCCAGGCCAGCCUGUGUCAGCUCACCGCCACCACAGCGCCCUACGUGCGGGACGUGGGCGACGGCAGCAGCACCUCCAGCACGGGCAGUACCGACAGCCCCGACCACCACAAGCACCACGCGAGCGGUGGCAGCCCCGAGCACCUGCAGAAGCCCCGGCGUGAGGGCAGCCCGGAGCACUCUAAGCACAGGAGCACCAGCCCUGAGCAUCUGCAGAAACCCAGGGCCUCCGGGACCCCGGAUCACCCCAAAGCACUCAAAGGACCCAGCCCCGAGCACCACAAACCCUUGUGCAAGGGCAGCCCUGAACAGCAAAGGCACCCGCAUGCGGGAAGCAGCCCUGAAACGCUGCCCAAGCACGUGCUGAGCGGGAGCCCUGAGCACUUCCAAAAGCACAGGCCUGGGGGCAGCCCCGAGCACGCCAGGCACAGUGGAGGGAGCCCAGAGCAUCUUCAGAAACACGCCCUCGGUGGAAGCCUGGAGCAUCUACCCAGGGCCAGGGGCACCAGCCCUGAGCACCUCAAACAGCAUUUUGGGGGAAGUCCUGAUCACAAACACGCGGGCGGAGGAGGCGGCGGCGGCGGCGGCGGCGGCGGGGGCGGCAGCAGAGAGGGCACCCUCCGAAGGCAGGCGCAAGACGAUAUGUCACCGCAUCACCGGAAUGUCUACAGUGGCAUGAACGGUGGGUUGUAUGGAGGAAACUUGGAGAUGCUGCAGGUUCGUGUCCUGGAAUUAGGCAACAUUUGUCCGGAAACCAGUACAAAGGACCAAUGUGAGAAGCACUCUCUUUCAAACAUGACACAUCACCACUGCCAGAGAGAUAAAAGAGAAGAAGAGAGUGGUUUUCCACAAACCUGGACUCAAAGAAUAACAUGGAGUGAUUGUACAUUGCACAUAUUUUCCCUCUAAAAUCUUCAGUAUAACUGAAGUAUUUUAUGUCUCUCACUUUGAUGUUCACAACAGUCAAUCUCGAAUAAGGUAGCUUUGAAAAAAAUAACCAUUUUGGUACCAAUAUUUUCAUUAGAACUAAAACGUCUUUGACUCUUCAGGUCUAAGAUUGUAACUGGGAAACCUGCAUGAUUGGAGGAGUCCAGUAGAGCCUCUAGUUUUGAUAGAACUGAAUCAUUGCAUCAUAUAAUGGUGGGAGUGUUCUACCAUCUUGUAUUCAAGAUAAGAAAACGUGGUUUCCAGCUUCCCAAGUUGAAGAGUUGAGCACCUAUUUCUUAUAUUUUAGUCAACAUAAAACUAGUUCCCUGAUGCAUAAUUAAUUUGGAUGCAAGAUAAAUUAGGUUUCUGAGAUUUUGUUUUGAUUUUUGAGGUGCUAAAAAUACCACAUAAAUUUUUCUUACCAGCUAGAAGGGUAGCAAGACUGUGUAGAGUGCUUAUCAGAGAGUACCAUUUAUUUCAACUGAUCAAAAUAAAUAUACCUUUUCUUUUAAACCUGAUGUACCAUUCAUGAAGACAUCUUGGGGACAUAUCAACCUCCAUCUUUAUUCAGUGUAUUCAUUACUGUUAAUAUUACCAAUUUCAAUUAAAGAACAAUCACAUAAUUUUUCCAAGUGUUUCCAGCUGUGAGAUGUCAAUUUCUACAGUUUCUAGACAUGCUGUUAUAUUUAAUAAACUUUCUGUAAACUUUAAAAUAUUGCACUGCAUUUAUGAAAAAAGCUUUCUUUGCCUACAGCAGCUAUCUAACGUUUUAUGAAACUGACGCAUGUCCUUCAUUAUUGAAACUAAAAGCUCUUGUUCAGAUUGCUUGAGGUUUGAAGAGGAGGUGUGCUAGCUUUGCUUAGUUUCUUAUUUUUGGUAUACAUAUAUAUAUAUAUAUAUAUAUA